GUCCCCUGUGCGUUUGAGAGGCAGACAAGCCACAGAAUAGGCCACACACCUUCACGCAAAGAGUCGUCAUCGGAGACGGUCUUUCUUUCUUUCUCCGCAAAAAAAGUUAGUGAUCUAUCGCGCGCGUUAGCUGUCAAAAGUGGUAUAAAGUGGUGACCAACGAAGCCUACACGGUGGGCGGAUAGUGGAAUAAUCGGGGGUUGAAUCGCGGGGUUUAGUGUUCCCGGUGAGACGGAUUUGGCCGUGGCUUGUCCCGGAAAAAAGAAGAUCCGGAGGCCACACUCACACACACGAGAGGAGGGAGAUCUUAUAUUCUCACUUGUGUGCGGUACCGACUUGGACGGAUUACGGGCAAAUGGGAAACCGUACUGUACCGAGUACCGACAGGAAUCUGGUGAAUAACUGCUUUUAGACGGGCGACGUUGCCCACUGUGAUGAGUUGACUCGUACGAACCAGUGUAAAAAGAGGAUAGUCACGAUGGAGUCCGCGAACCAGGAACCGGCCGAUGAUCCGGUUCCACCGAAGUGAACCUUAGUCGAAGAAUCUCCAUCACCAGUGGAAUAAAUCAAUUUUGCGAAAAAAAGUAUAAAACAAACGUAAACAGUGAGACUGGUCGGAACAACGAAUCCGAAAACUAGCGUUAGAACUAAACAAAACCCCCUCUAAAAUGACUUCGUGUGUCCUCGCGCAAGCUACGUGAAAACAAGUGAAACAAAAUCUAGCGAACCAAGUUUAAAGUUAAGCGCGGGUACUGAACUCCCGCCCCCCAACCGAUGGACUCAUCUCAGGGCGCGAACCUAGCGCCCGGCCAAGAGAUUCGAGUCGUCAGUGCCUCCGUAGUGGCCCAGCUGCAGGCCCAGGGAUUGCAGGGCAAUGAACUCAACGCGGCAAUUAUGGCUGCUUCGCAGCCCCAAAGCGCAACGCAACAAGUGUUGCAGCAGCAACAGCAGCAACAACAUCAGCAGCAACAAGCCCAGCAGCAAGCCCAACAGCAAGCCCAGCAACAGGCUCAGCAGCAAUCGGCGGUCCAGGCGGCCCAGCAGAUGCAGCAACACCAACAAGCUGUCCAGCAGCAACAGGCUUCUGCCGUAGCUGCCGCCCAGCAACAGCAGCAGCAACAGGCGCAAGCCCAGCAACAGAGCCAGCAGCAACAACAGCAGCAGCAACAAGCCCAGCAGCAAGCGGCGGUGGCGCAACACCAGGCCCAAAUGCAGCAAGUUCAGCAGCUCACCCAGGUCGCGCAACAGCAGCCUCAGGUGAUUACGCUGCAGCAGUUGCAGAACUUCUUGCCCCAGCAUCAGCUGAACACGCUCACGACGGCCGAUGGAACGCCGGUGCAGGUGGCGCAAACGUCGGCGAACACCACCCCGGUGGGAACUCCGGUUAAGACGUUCGUCACGUCCCCGCAGCAGAUCCAGCAGCCGCAGAUCCUGAACCUGCAGGGACUGCCCCAGCAGUUCCUCCAGGGCGGACAACUCAUCCAGAACCCCAACGGAAUGUUCCAGAUGGUUCAGCCGCUGCAGACGAUCAACGUGGACGGGCAGGAGACGCUGUUCGUGCCCGGUGGCAUCCAGAACAACCAGCUCGCCGGCGCCCAGGCGGUGCAGAUCAACGGCCAGCAGGCGUUCCUAACCCCGUCUGGUCAGCUGAUACGGGCGCCCAACGGAGUUAUCCCCGGAAACUUCCUGCAGAACAUGGCCCAAGCAGUGCAGCUUCCCAACGCUGGUCAGGCUACGCUUUCUAUCCCGGGAACUAAUAUAACAAUCCCCCUGGGUACGACAAGCACGGCAAAUGUUCUAGCGCAGCAGCAGCAGCAGCAGCAGCAGCAGCAGCAGCAACAACAGCAGCAGCAAGCUCAGCAGCAGGCUCAAAAUCAGCAGCAGCAGCAACAGGCGCAAUCUCAACAGCAGAAUCAGCAACAAACGGCGCAGCAGCAGAAUGUCCAGCAACAACAGCAACAGCAGCAGCAGCAGAUACAGGUCCAGGCGCAACAAGCUUCCCAGAUUCAGCAGCUUCAACCGGCGACCAUCACGAUCCCCGGUACCAACAUACAAAUACCGAACUCGGCCGUUACCGCUCAGAACAUUUUGCCUAACAAUAUAACUACCAUUAAGCUGGAAGGAGGUCAAAAUGUGCAAGUCCGACCGGCCGGCGGGAUGCCCCAGAUGGUGCAGUUUCCGAUGCAGCAGACCAUUCCGGUGCAGGUGCCCAUCUCCACCGGCAACGGUCAAACGGUCUACCAAACCGUCCACGUGCCAAUACAAGCAAUCGGCUCGGCGUACGUCCAGCCGCAGAUGCAAGUGAUACCCCAGAUCCCCCAAGUAGCUAAUAUCAUCACCCCGAACGGCCAGAUCCAGCAGGUUCAGCUAACGUCGCUGAACUCGCUGGCCGGUCUGCAGGCAGCUCAAGCGCAGCAAAACAUAAUCCUCCAGCAGCCGCAAAACCUUGCCCAAGCACAGGCCCAGAUGAACGCGGCCAACUCCAUGGUGUCCGGAAUGCAAUCCGCACCAACCGUCCAAUCGGCCGGCACCGCAGAUGGAACCCAGCAAGCCCAAAACCAGCAGCAGCCCCAGCAGCAACAGCAGCAGCAACCCCAACCCCAACCAAUCACGAUCGCGGGACCCCAAGUCGGCCAGCAGAUCACGGUGAUACCGUCGAACAGCCUGCCCCAGCUCCGUCAAAACGCGGCCAACAUCAUCCAGAUGCCAAACAUACCGGGCCUGCAGGCCAUCCCGGUCCAAAACAUCCCCGGCAUCGGAAACGUCCAGGUGAUCCCGACAAAUUUCAUGCAACCGGUUCAACCGCAAACAGUGGCGUCGCAGCCUCAGUUGAACCCGGUCAAUCAAGCAGGGCAAACUAUCUCCCUUCAGCAGGCAGCGGCGCAUCAAUUAUCAAAUAUAAAGCCGGAUCCAAGCGACCCCGGUAAGUGGUUCAUCAAGCAGGAGGCAAUCCCGAUCGCACCACAACCGGCCCCCCCAUCCGGCGGCAACACCAACACCAGUGGCAGUGGUGCCAGUGUUGCCAUCUCGACGGCCAACGUAAACAUCCUCCCGGCACCGUCCCCCCAACCGGCGGCGACGACGACGACGACUACCAAUCCAACCACCCACCACCACCACCAGAUCAAGGGCGAAAUCGUCGCGUCACCGCAAACCACCUCGGUCAACGUGAACAUCAGCGUCGCCGACAACACGGGAAGCAGUGGCAACGAGCAGGUUCCGAAACCCCGCGUCCGCCGGGUUGCCUGCACGUGUCCAAACUGCGAGACGAAGGGCGAGGGGCCGCCCGAUCGCAAGAAGCAGCACAUCUGCCACGUGAGCGGCUGCAACAAGGUGUACGGCAAGACGUCCCACCUGAGGGCGCACCUGCGAUGGCACACGGGUGAACGGCCCUUCGUGUGCUCGUGGAUGUACUGCGGCAAACGGUUCACCCGGUCGGACGAGCUGCAGCGACACCGGCGCACCCACACCGGCGAGAAGCGCUUCCAGUGUCCGGAGUGCAACAAGAAGUUCAUGCGCAGCGACCACCUCUCCAAGCACAUCCGGACGCACAGCAAGCUGAAAAAGGACCACGUGCGGUACCUGCUCGAGUUGGGCGAUUCGAUGAAAUCGGGUGGGCUGAGUGACGAAGGCGAGGAGGACGACAUGGACAUGGACGAGGAGGACCUCAAGCCGGAGGAGGAGGACGACGAGGACAGCGACCCGGUUCCGUUGGGGCAGCUUGCCAAGCCCAAGCUGGAACCGGGCAUGCCUCAGCGGCCAGCUGCGAUGGCAGUUACGACGCUUUCAAGUCCAAACUCCGCGAUGGGACUGAUGAUGGCCGGUGGUCCUGGCGGGGCCACCGCCGGUACCGUCCAACCGGUCGCCGUAUCCAACGGGUCGAGCACCGGAAUCGUCUGGAUUGCGUCCGGCUCUUUGCUGGGUUUGCAACAGCCUCAGCCGCCGCCACCACCACCACCACUCUACAGCAUCAAACAGCUCAACAACUCGCAGGAGGUGGCCAACUCGGCCGCGUCCGCGUCCUCGGACAGCAACGACAGCUCGGACGAGAAGAUGAUGAUCACGCUCGGCAACGACGACGCGGACCAGUCGAUCGACUCGAACUAGCACAUCGAAACGCUGUCCCUACAGCAGCUUGCGUCGUUCGCCGGCUGUGGGCUACCCGUGUACGGACAGUUGUAGGGUGGGGUUGAGGAGGAACGGAACGAGCGGAAAAAGGUGGAAGUAUCACCGAGGUUUCGAACAAAAAAAUAUCUUAGAUAGCGAGAGCAUUUUACACAGCAUCCUGGUUGAGUCGUCCGUUGCAGCUAUUUUAGUUUUGUGCAAGCGUACUUCCCCUUUUUUAAACUGUUCUUGAAAAACUUUGGCAUUUAGAAAAAACUAUUCUAAAAUCCAAAGUUUUUCCACAAAAAAGGUGAUAAAAAUUAUCAGAAGUUCGUUCGUUUUGUAAAAAUCAAACCUUUAUUAUUUCUUCCAUAAAACCGACCUUGUUUAAUGAAUAAAAUUCAUAAUAAAACAUUUAAACUUUUUGAUUUUGUGGAUGAAACAUAAUAAUUUACGUCGACGAGCUACCAAAAGAUAGUUGGUCACCAAAAUUUUGACCAUCUAUUAUUUGAUAUUUCGUCGAGCUUUUGACAGUCUUCUCGAAUACGAUUUCAUUAAAUUUUACAAACUGAUAAAAAAGAGUCAACGUUAGAGAGCAUCCCGCGAUCAAAGGACGAAAUCGUGUUCUACUCUUUUGAGUAAAGCAACAGAAUGUACAGAAAAAAAAAACAUGUAAAAAAAUACGAAAAUGUGACCCGACACGCCGGCUUUUUAGUCCAAAAUGUUGUUAACUCUGGUGGCUGGGCAAGCUUACCGGAAAGGAUCCAGUAUCGAAAUCGAACCAAUUUCUUACCUAGCAGCCCCCCGCCCCUUCGAUGUUCGUGUAUUUGUAAGAUCGCAGACUAUGAGUAGGGUUAAAAAAACGCGCGUAGGCAUAAUUUACCCGAUUUGUUUUCUCUUUUAUUUUUGCUAGCGCCAAUAUGUGUAUUAAUUUAACUUAUUUUUAGCUUGUAGUAACAAAUUGUUGGUUUUAUUAAGUUGUUUGCCGGUCACGCGGCUCCGGAAUCAAAAGCAGAAGAAAAACAGGAAAUUUUACGUACCUUGAAUUUUAGGUUAAAUGUACUUUUUGUGUCUUCAGGUCGGCAGUAGAAUCAUUUUUAAAUCUGUAUUAUAGAAGUUGUGCGAAAUUAGCUACGCGUCGCGUACGGAGCGUAAGUAAAAACCGAAAACAAUAAAUCGAAACAUUUUAAUAUUUUUCAAAAUA